CGGCUCCCUACUGGAAGAGUGGGCCCCCAAAGGACAAUCAAGUUGUGGUCAGGGAAGGCUCCGACGAAACUUUGAACUGUGCCGUAAAAGGCUCCCCAAACCCGGAGUUUAGCUGGUUAGUCAACGGAAAACUUCUCAACACCACCAAAUCCAAGAAGUUUCGACAGAAAAAAGGCAGACUAAUGAUAGAUUCAGUACAACUUGAUGACGCCACAGACUACACAUGUAUGGCAAAGAACAAGCUAGGAAGUCUGAACUAUACGUAUGUUAUUAAAGUCUUAGAAAACAUGCCAUUAAAUGAUAUAGACGUGGAGGACAGACCAGAGAACCAGACCGCCCAUGUGGGUGACACCGUUAUCUUCAUGUGCAGAUCUCACGACUGGCCCAAACCACGAGUCCACUGGGCCAGAAAAACCAACAAUAAACAUCUUAUAGAGGCUAUAGAUACAUCCAGUACAGAGCCUGAUGUUUUAGUUAUACACAACGUUACAAAAAACGACACUGGAAAAUAUAUUUGUUUCAUCAGUAAUGAUAUUGUACAGAAAGAGUUUACAGCCACUCUUACAGUUAUAGAGGAAGGAGAAAGUUUGCCCUUUGAACCUCACUGCUCGCUUCAUAUAAGACGGGAGGUUUUGGUUGAUCAUGUGCAUGGGUGCCGGUCGGCAGUACCUGUGGAAAUACGAUAUUGUAUGGGUUCGUGUGGGAGGAGUUACUACGUUCCACAACUGAUGACCUCUGACGGGGUCAGGAAGAAAGCCUCAGCGUCUAGCUCUUCCGUCAAAGAACUAUCUCUUUUUCUGUUUUACAGGUGUUGUGUGGGGAUCAUUGACGGACUGCGAAUAGUGGAGCUGGACUGCCCACUAGGUGGCAGAAAAAGAGGAUUUUACACCUUGCUCAGUGACUGCCAGUGUCAGAACUGUGGUGCUAGUG